AUGACCCACGCUCCGGCGGCAGAGCCGCCGACUGCGGCGUCCAACGAUGCCAACGAUGCCAACGACCCACCGAACCCGACCUCACGUGCUGGGCGGGUCGCCUCCGCGUUCCUCCAUUUCCUCCUCGGCCAAUGGGUUCUGCUCACCAUGGGACUCUUCAUCCUCCUCGCCUACUUUUUCCCGCACGUAGGGACCACUGGCGGCUCCAUUCGCGCAGAAUACACCGUUGCGUGGGGGGCGGUGGGGCUCAUUUUCCUCAUUGCCGGUCUGUCGCUCGACAUUGCGACCCUGCUGGCCGGCCUGCCCCACUGGCGCGCGCACGCCGUUGCCAAUGUGUUUUCAUUCCUCGUCGCCCCGGCCAUCAUGUUCGGGUUUGCCACGGCAGGCAGGAAAGCCGGGCUGGACACAUACGUCCUCGCCGGCAUGGUCGUGACGGGCUGUAUGCCCACGACGAUUGCGAGUAAUGUCACCUGCACGAUGAACGCCGGCGGUUCGACCGAGCUGGCGUCCAUCGAGGUCAUUCUUGGUAACGUGUUGGGCACGUUUAUCACGCCGCUCCUCGCUCGCAUGUUCAUGGACAGUCCGCAGUGGGCGACCAUUGCGCCGGGAUCCGGCACGGGCGUGACCCCCAUCUACAUCCGCAUGGCCAAGCAGCUCUCCGCCACGCUCAUCGCACCCCUGGUUAGUAUACUGAGCUCGCGAGAUCAAGGCAGGGACCCUAACGGACAGAUUGUUGGCCUGGCGCUCCAGUAUUGCUUCCCCGGCCCCGUGUCGCGUAUCCGUCGCGUACUGCGCCUUGCCAAGGUGGCGUCCCUUAUGGUCAUCCUCUGCGUUUGGGAGAACUUUUGCAAAGCGUUCGCCUCGGGCGCCUUCAAGACCACGUCGCACGCGACCAUUAUUUACCUGUGCUUCAUCUGUCUGACACUGUACUUUGUCUUUUCGGUGAUCAUCUUUGUGAUCAUGCGCCUGCCAGGCAUCCACACACGGGCAGCGGACUACUGGCGAUUCUCGAAACGCGACGCUAUUGCGCUGUGUUUCUGUGGUCCGGCCAAAGGCGUUGCAGUUGGUGCGCCACUCAUUGCCAUCCUGUACCACUCGGCCACUCUCGAAGUGCAGGCCAAGCUCGCGCUGGCGAUCAUCAUUUACAAUGGCGAGCAGGUGGCGUGCGCCCAGCUCGUCGUGCCGCUCCUCCGGCGCUGGGCACGCAGCGAGGUUGAGGAAGGCAAGGAAACAAACGACGACGAGACAAUAGCAGGGUCACCAGAAGAGCCUGGAGUCGUACAGGACCAGGAAAAGUGUCUUGGCAACAAGUAA